CUGACAGGAAAGUCUAUGCGGAGUCGAAUUUCAGUGCUGGAGCAGUAAAGUGCAAUGAGUCACCGAAAGGGAGCCUGAGAGCUGCCUUUGUUCCACUUGUGUCUGGACGCUGGAGGAGAAACAGCAGGCUCCAGUUUUUAUUAACUUCUUAUUUUCAUUAGCAUAUAACUCAUGUUCACUGAACUUCUUCCCCACUUGAAGUCUUUCAACUGACUUUCAGAAAAUGCUCUCAUGGCAUGCCUGGUGGACCUGGGACUUGCUACUACCGCUCUUAGGCUUGUCAAUCCAUGUUGGUUCAGCAGCUCAGAUCAUAGAAGAACGAGGCUCAAAAGGACAUCUUGAUCUCACAGAGUUAAUAGGAGUUCCUCUCCCUCCUUCUGUCUACUUUAUCACUGGCUAUGGAGGGUUUCCAGCUUACAGCUUUGGUCCAGAUGCUAACAUCGGCCGAUUGACAAGUGCUAUAAUACCACUGCCUUUCUACAGGGAUUUCGCUAUUGUAGUUACAGUGAAACCAAACAGUGAUCGUGGAGGAGUGCUAUUUGCAAUAACAGAUGCCUUCCAGAAAACUAUUUACCUGGGAAUGAGACUUUCACCAGUUGAUGACAGCACCCAGAGAAUAAUAAUGUACUACACAGAGCCUGGUUCCCAUAUUUCCCGAGAGGCUGCUUCAUUUAAAGUGCCAGUGAUGACUAACAGGUGGAACAGGUUUACAGUGACUGUUCAGGGAAAUGAUGUUGCUUUGUUCAUGGACUGUGAAGAAUAUCAGAGGGUUCAGUUUCAGAGAUCAGCUCGAGCCUUGGUGUUUGAAUCUGGCUCUGGUAUAUUUGUUGGUAAUGCAGGAGCCACAGGACUGGAAAAAUUCACAGGCUCUAUUCAACAUCUGACAAUCAAAUCUGACCCAAGGGCUACUGAAGACCAGUGUGAAGAUGAUGACCCUUAUGCUUCAGGAGACAUGAGUGGCAAUGACAGCAUUCAAGAACAUGAAGCUAUUCCCAAGACAAAAGAAGUGCUGGCACCUUCUCAUCUUCCCAUAAGGCCUGAAGAUACAUCAGCUGAGCCAGUGGAAGCCCCCCCAACUGUAUUGUCUCAUUUGGAAGAAAACGAUUUCUCAGGACAUCACAUAUCAGAAGAAACCACUGAACCAGCUAAAAUUAAAGAACAAGAUUCUGCUGUCUCAGAAGCUGGACAAGGCAACAGUGAAUCUACCUCUGUCACACAGGAAACCUUAAGAGAAGAUGUUGGCUCUGGUGUUACUGUUUUGCCAGGAGUGAGCAGAAGGAAGGACCAAAAAGGUCAGAAUGGAGAGAAUGGACCCACAGGGCCUCCAGGAGGACCAAGAGUAGAAAAGAUGCAGAAAAAAGAUCAAGGAUCUCCUGGACCUCCAGGAAAACCUGGCCAAGAUGGUCAGCCUGGCAUUCCUGGUAAAAGUGGAUUACCAGGAAAAAAAGGACUUCAGGGGUUGCCAGGGCUGAAAGGAAAAGCAGGCCUAAAAGGAGAAAAGGGUGAUCCUGGUGAGGGAUUUCCAGGACUCCCUGGACCCCCAGGACCCCCAGGACCAUUUGCUCCUUCUGGAGGAUUUAGUAUACUGGAACCUGAAGAAUCAGGUUCUGGAGACCUUGAUGGAGAGACUGAGAUUUUAAGUGGUCUUCCUGGGCCACCAGGCCCUCCAGGAUUGCCUGGUCUUCCAGGAAAACCAGCACCCGAUUCAAAUGUAGGACCUCCUGGGUCACCAGGGGAAGAUGGAGCUUCUGGAGAACCAGGCCCUGAAGGUCCUCAAGGUCCUCCUGGUCUUGAUGGAAUGGUUGGCCCACCAGGGCCGAAGGGAGAAAAGGGUGAUCAAGGUCUUCCUGGUUCUGUUGGUCCAAAGGGCGAUAUUGGAAUCACUGGAUCAAUAGGCCCCAAAGGAGAAGCAGGUGCUGAUGGGCCUCCAGGGAAACCUGGACCACCUGGACCACCUGGACCUCCUGGACCCCCAGGUCCAAGCUACGGUUUGGGAUUUGAGGACAUGGAAGGAUCAGGGAGUAUUGGCUUGUUAAGUGAAUCCAGAACUCCCGAAACAAGAGGGCCAAAGGGUUCUGCAGGAAGACAUGGAGAACGUGGACCAUUUGGACCAAAGGGAGAAAGAGGCAACAUUGGUCCACCAGGUUCAAAGGGAAUGCCAGGUACAGAUGGAAGACCAGGCUUUCCCGGCAUCGCUGGCCGUCCCGGAGACGUGGGUCCGAAAGGGGAGAAGGGUGACCCAGGACCUCAGGGUGAACCAGGACAGGAUGGGACCAGUAUUGUGGGACCACCUGGACCACCAGGACCACCAGGACCAAUCACAGCAAUACCUGAGCUACUACUGAAUGAUACAGAUGGAAUUUUUAAUUCCACUGGAAUUAAAGGAUUGCUUGGGCCUCCAGGGCCAGAUGGCAAGCCAGGUCUACCAGGAUUUCCUGGCCCUCGGGGACCAAAGGGAGAUACUGGCUUACCUGGACCACAAGGACCUAAAGGACAACAGGGUGAAAAGGGAGAACCAGGAGCUCUCAUUGCUGCUGAUGGAUCUUUAACUGAAUUAUUAGGAAGAAAAGGGCAGAAGGGUGAAGCUGGAGUGGUAGGACAGGCGGGACCAAUGGGACCAAUAGGACCUGCUGGACCCAAAGGAGAGCUUGGUUUCCCAGGACGCCCAGGCCGCCCAGGACUGAAUGGACUGAAAGGUGUGAAAGGUGAACGAGGUGAAGUAUUACAUGGUCCCCCUGGCUUGCCUGGGCCCCCAGGGCCCCCUGGACCUCCAGGGCGUAUAGUUCAUAUCAAAGGAACAGUUUUCCCAGUCUCUCCCAGACCUCAUUGCAAAAUGCCAGUGAACACUCCUUACCCGGGAAAUCAAGAAGCUCUUAAUGUCCAAGGUGCUAAAGGAAACGGAGAUUCCUGGGGAGUACACACUUCAGCAGACAUAAAAGGAGAAAAAGGAGACACAGGUGCUCCAGGACCACCAGGUCCACCUCUGCCUCCAUCAUAUUUCAGCCACUUUAUUAAUAGCAUAAAGGGUGAAAAAGGAGACAAUGGAGAUCCUGGUGUAAAAGGAGAAAAAGGAGAACCAAAUGGAGGUUUUUUUCUGACGGGACCUCCUGGACUGCCUGGAAGACCAGGAUUAGUUGGACCAAAAGGGGAUUCAGUUGUUGGACCCAGAGGACCUCCUGGAUUACCUGGCCUACCUGGCCUACCAGGUUAUGGAAAAACUGGACCUCCUGGCCCACCUGGCCCACCAGGCCCACCAGGACCCCCCGCAAUAUAUGGAUCAGCAGCUGCAAUUCCUGGGCCACCAGGUCCUCCAGGAGAGCCAGGGUUACCUGUGACCAGGAAUCUGGUUACAACAUUCCGCAAUGUCGAUGGUAUGUUGGAAAAGGUUCAUCUGGUAGCAGAAGGUACACUAAUCUAUCUGAGUGAAACCAGUGAGGUUUUUAUCCGUGUUCGAAACGGAUGGAGAAAAUUGCAGCUUGGUGAGUUAAUUCCUAUCCCUGCUGACAGCCUUCCACCUCCAGCCAUAUCAAGCCAUGGAUUUCAGUCUCUUCCAGCAUUGAGUCCAAUUUCAAAUAUGAAUAAUGGAAAACCAGCACUGCAUCUGGUGGCUUUAAACUUGCCGUUAGCUGGUGACAUGCGAGCAGAUUUUCAGUGUUUUCAACAGGCGCAGCUAGCAGGUUUGAUGUCUACCUAUAGAGCCUUCCUCUCAUCACAUUUGCAAGAUCUGGCCACAGUUGUGAGAAAAACAGACCGAUACAAUUUACCGAUAGUCAAUCUUAAGGGAGAAACACUUUUCAGUAACUGGGAAUCAAUAUUUAAUGGGAACAGUGGACAAUUCAACCCUCAUGUUCCAAUAUACUCAUUUGACGGGAGAAAUGUCAUGACAGAUCCAUCUUGGCCUCAGAAAGUAAUAUGGCAUGGUUCAACUGCAAAUGGGAUCCGACUGGUUAGCAACUACUGCGAAGCCUGGCAUACAGCUGAUACAGCAGUUAUGGGACAAGGGUCACCGCUGAAGAUGGGGAAACUUCUUGAUCAGAAAGCAUAUAGCUGUAGUAAUCAGUUUAUCGUUCUCUGCAUUGAAAACAGUUUCAUAUCUGAUACCCAAGGAAAAUAAUUAACCUGUUGCACAUAAGAAUAUUCCAUUUUAUGACAGAAAAAGCUGACACUGAAAUUUAAUUUGUAGUGAUGUAAAUAUUCUAUUUUUUGUAAUUGCACGUUUCAGGAAAAUAUAACCAAAGAAAACAUACCUCAACACAAACAGGAUUCCAGUUGGGUGGAACAUCUAGUGUGUGUGAGGCUGACUUAAAGCUUUUCCUUCCACUUGAACUCCACAGAGGGUAGCAGAUUUGCCAACAAUUAACUCACAGCCCCUUGUCUUUCUGGCUGAGCUGAAGAUCACUUAAGGACACUGGUCAAGGGUGGUCUACCAGGAAAAUCUCGUAGCCUGUCUUCUGAACAGUAGGGCUCAGCAAGGCUGCUGCUUCUUCACAGUCGAGAAGCUGCAUGCUCUUCCUCCAGUUCUAAAAUAUGAAUUUCACAUCCCUGUCUCCCCUCUUUUCGCUUGCCUAGAUUUUGAAUACCCAAGGCACUAUUCAUAUAUAUGAAUGUACACAUAUUAUCCCUGAGUGAAUAACAGUAGGCUGUUAAAUCUGACAAAGCCGGAAUUUUCAAAACAGCUUUAAAAACAUAGGUGCUCACCUUUGCGUUUCAGUGGAAGCUGAGUACCUAACUCCCAGAAGCUUGUACAGAUUACAGUCUAAGUGCUUACAUAUGACUUUAGUGGCUUGACUUCUUAUUUACACUUUUUCUUUGUAGAUUCUUCACAUAGGGCUUUAUGCAGGAGGAGUAAAUUUCACCUAGACAAAGUCUGGUCCUUAUUUUGGUGCCACUGUCAUCAGAAAACCUGAAGCAAUGUUAAUAGAAAACAUCCUGUUUUCCUGGCUGAACUGUGCAAAGUAAAUGCAGACAAAAGAACCGUCUGACCUUUAUUUAUUCCAUUGCAUACUAGACGAAGUCAUUUCCUGUUGCAACAGACUGCUGAAUGAAAGAUGCCUCUCAUAGUUCCUUUAAAAUAGGUUUUUAGACAUUGUUAUCCUAUUAAGUUGUAUGUAAAGUGACUUUCCUUUUUGUGAAUUUACCCUUCAGAUGUUCACAUAAUGAAAGAGUUGUUAAUAUAAACUAGCAGCAGUAGUGACAGGAAUGAUCAGUAAAUGCUAAUAUUCUUCAUAAACGGUAUCACUGUAAUA